UCGUAGCCAAACAUUGCAGUUUCGUUGUCUCUUGUCGGAGAAGAAUGUCGCUGAUGGAUAAUCUGUUAGGUAUCCUCCGCGUUCGCGUCAAACGCGGCGUCAACCUCGCCGUCCGUGACGUUUCCAGCAGCGAUCCUUACGUCGUCCUCAAGCUUGGCCGUCAGAAACUCAAAACCAAAGUGGUGAAGAAAAACAUAAACCCACAAUGGGAAGAAGACUUGACCUUCACGGUUACCGACCCGAAUCUCCCGCUCAAUCUGGUUGUAUACGACCAUGACUUCUUUAGCAAGGAUGAUAAAAUGGGAGAUGCCGAGAUAGAUUUGAAACCCUACAUUGAAGCUCUACGUAUGGAGCUAUCUGGCUUACCAGACGGAACCAUAAUAUCGACGAUCCAUCCGAACCGCAGCAACUGUUUAGCCGAGGAAAGCUACAUACGGUGGAGCAAUGAUCGAAUCGUUCAGAGCUUUUGUCUCCGUCUCCGUAACGUUGAGCGUGGUGAAGUGGAACUCGAGCUUCAGUGGAUUGAUCUCCCUGGUUCUAAAGGCUUGUAAAACAAAACUUGUAACACUACCUUAUUGGGCUUUGCCCAUUAUAUCACCACAAUACGAGGCCUUCGAAGAUGACGGUUCGGUUUGGUGAUAUAUUCUUACAAUAAACAUUUUUAAAUAAUAAUUAAUAUUUUAAUUA